CCACCCUGUGUACCUGUGACUGCCUUAAACAGCUGAAUGGUUGAUUACAGCUGACAGCAAAAAAAUAAAAACAAAUAAUCGGCUAUCGGUACACACUUUAUCGGUACUUGUUGUUCCUAAGCUGAACACAUGCGUUUAUCAACACUACCGCCGUUUCAAAGUCGUGCACAACGGCAAAUGGCAAAAGCAGCGAAUACUAUGAUAAAAACAAAAACACAAAAACAACCAAAUUAAUAACGCGGCUUUGAGCAACAUAAACAAAAAGAAUGGUUUUAGCAGAUAGGUUGAGAAGCGUACAACCACGUGCCAAAGAAGCGACCGGAACAGUACGAUGCAAGUAUUUAAAGGGGCAGUAAAUGCCAAUUGACAUCACUUCAACUUACAUCUUCCAAAGCAACAAUAGUAACAUGAAACUAUUUGUAACAAUCACCUGGUUGGCAUGCAUUUUCUGUGCCGGCAGCACUGGUGCAAGCGACGUGCAUCAAAUUGAGGAGCUGCUAACGGAGAAUAACAAGCAUUUGGCCGACACUCAGGUGCUAAUGAGCCACGUCGAUGCCACAAAUAAACGUAUUAAAGAGGACAUUGAAAAACAACAAGUCUGGAUAGUUGCCAUAAAAAAUGUGGACGUUCUCUUGGCCAAGCUUAACGAGUUUCUGGAUGUACAAUCUGUUGUAGUGUUGGAGGCCUUGCACAAUAUAACACACAAGGCAGAAGGCUAUACCGAACGUUUGUCCAAGGAUCUCUUUGGACUAGCGCAAUUGCAAUUGUCGACUAAGCAACAAAUCGUCAAUUUGGAGCAGAAGAUGGAAGCCUACCAAAAGCACGUGCUGCUCAAUGCUCGCAGCAUUGACAACAACAUCUUGGAGCUGACGAAACUGAUUACACGCGCUGUGCUGCCGCAGCUAAAUGGACUGCAAUGCUCCUUCGAUAGUCUGGAAACGUCGCAGAUCAACGUUGAGGUAGAACUGAAGGGUCUAGAACGCAUAAAGGACAUCAGCGACGAUACGAACAGCAAGCUCAACACUCUGGGCGAGCAACUGCGCAGCCUGAAUCGCACCCAGCACACAGGACUCACUGCACUGUCCUCGGCUGUGAAGCAAUUGAAGCCACUCAGCUCGUGGCACAUUGAGAGCGCUUUGCGUGAACUGAUUAUAUCCCAGAAACGCAUUGAAUUGGACUUGGAAGCAUGCCAAAAGCACUCGCCACCACCCUUCAGCAUUCCCGAUAUCCCCGUUCCUUAUGAUGAGUCCUAUGAGCCGCAGACAACCAAGGUGCAUGCUAGAAACCAAGCUGGCAAGCAGGUGGAUCUAGUGCAGGCCUGGAGCAUAAAGGAGCCUAGUCAGCAAAGUUCCAGCUCCUUUUAUGCGAGUGCUUAUGCAAAUGCUCCUCAGUCGAAACCAAAACCUGCCAAUAGAAAUUAUGGAGCCAGUCCCGCUAAGCCCGAACCUGGUCAUGCAGUGUCCUGGCAACAACCUCUGCCCUGGGAAAGCUACGGCGCAGCCCCAGCACCAUCUCCCAAGCCUAAACCAUCUGGAGCAGGACGUAAUCGACCAGCACCCAACUCCAAACCUUGUGCUCAGCAACAGUCACCCAAUCCAAGUCACUAUGCGCCAGCAGCUAGCUAUGAAGCACCAUCACCACAAUCCCAUUCCCGCCAAGAGUAUCAGCAAAAGGGCUCCAAGCCCGGCCAAGCCAUAUCCUGGUACAGCAUUGACGCCCAAGCAGACAGCUAUUAAAUAUCCUUCACUUCAGGGCAAAUGAAGUCAAUUUGAAUUCUCUUCUAAAACUAAUUUAUAUUUCCCUUUUUAGCCAAAUUUUCCAUCAUUAAAUAAAUAUUUAACAAAGUAUAAAAUAUCUAGAAACAAACUUGUAUCAAUGGA